AUGCGCAUGUUCAGACUGACGGUGGUCACAUUGCUGGCUGCAGCUUGCUGUACACUAACGGAUGGAGCAAUCAGCAUCACAUGUGAAGGCUCUGAUGCUUUACUGCAAUGUGAUGGAGGUAAGAUUCAAAUCAAGCGUGCCAACUAUGGUCGUCGUCAACACGAUGUGUGUUCCAUUGGGCGCCCCGAUAACCAACUCACCGACACCAACUGCCUCAGCCAAUCCACCACCAGCAAGAUGGCAGAAAGAUGCGGUGGGAAGAGCGAGUGUGUUGUGCCGGCAUCCAAUUUCGUUUUUGGAGACCCCUGUGUCGGGACUUACAAGUACCUGGACAUCAAAUACUCCUGUGUCCAACAGCAAGAAACAAUAAGCAGCAUCAUAUGUGAAGGCUCUGAUUCUCAACUACUAUGUGAUCGGGGUGAGAUCCAUAUUCAGCGUGCCAACUAUGGUCGUCGUCAACACGAUGUGUGUUCCAUUGGGCGCCCACAUAAACAACUCAAAAACACCAACUGCCUCAGCCCAUCCACCACCAGCACAAUGGCAAAAAGGUGUGACGGAGAGCGCCAGUGUAUCAUCAAGGUAUCCAACUCCGUAUUCGGCGACCCCUGUGUCGGAACCUACAAGUACUUGGAUGUGGCUUACACCUUAAACUUUGAUUACAUGUCCAAUAUCCCCAUCCACGUGGACAUUCCUUGCAUUUUCUCUGUACCUACCACUCCUGUACCUGGAAUCAUGUGCAUGUUCAGACUGAUGGUGGUCACAUUGCUGGCUGCAGCUUGCUGUACACUAACGGAUGGAGCAAUCAGCAUCACGUGUGAAGGCUCUGAUGCUUUACUGCAAUGUGAUGGAGGUAAGAUUCAAAUCAAGCGUGCCAACUAUGGUCGUCGUCAACACGAUGUGUGUUCCAUUGGGCGCCCCGAUAACCAACUCACCGACACCAACUGCCUCAGCCAAUCCACCAGCAAGAUGGCAGAAAGAUGCGGUGGGAAGAGCGAGUGUGUUGUGCCGGCAUCCAAUUUCGUUUUUGGAGACCCCUGUGUCGGGACUUACAAGUACCUGGACAUCAAAUACUCCUGUGUCCAACAGCAAGAAACAAUAAGCAGCAUCAUAUGUGAAGGCUCUGAUUCUCAACUACUAUGUGAUCGGGGUGAGAUCCAUAUUCAGCGUGCCAACUAUGGUCGUCGUCAACACGAUGUGUGUUCCAUUGGGCGCCCACAUAAACAACUCAAAAACACCAACUGCCUCAGCCCAUCCACCACCAGCACAAUGGCAAAAAGGUGUGACGGAGAGCGCCAGUGUAUCAUCAAGGUAUCCAACUCCGUAUUCGGCGACCCCUGUGUCGGAACCUACAAGUACUUGGAUGUGGCUUACACCUGUUACUGA